AACUAAACUCUUGUUUUUAUCUUUCAUUUUUCUUUACCCUCAAUUUGCUUUACCGUAGCUGCCGUUCAUCAACAGCAGCCGUCGUUCUUUUCCAAACCAGCAGCGGUCACGCACCUCUCCCUUUCCUUCUGCAGCGCUGCAGUUCUUCUUCUCUCUGAUAGCAGCGUCACGUCUCUUCCUCGCCUCCGUUCGUUCUGAAUCAGCAGCGCUGUUCUUCUCCAAGUCACAAGCUAGUUGUCAAUUCCUCUGAGUUUUAUAAUUUUAAUUUUUAAUUUGUUGUCUCUGUACAUAAUCUAUCCCUUUGACCAUGGCCGACGACGAUUACAACGAUAUGGAUAUGGGGUAUGAGGAUGAGCCAGCAGAGCCUGAAAUUGAAGAAGGGGCGGAGGAGGAUAUUGAGAACAAUAAUAAUGAAGACAUUAAUGGGGAACCUAUUGAAACUGAUGAUAAGGAAGCUGAGGAACCAGUUGAACGGCCUCGUAAGACAUCCAAAUUUAUGACCAAGUAUGAGCGAGCUAGAAUUUUGGGAACCCGUGCUCUCCAGAUCAGCAUGAAUGCUCCUGUAAUGGUGGAGUUGGAGGGUGAAACAGAUCCACUUGAGAUUGCUAUGAAGGAGCUUCGAGAGCGAAAAAUACCUUUUACUAUCCGUCGUUACCUUCCUGAUGGAAGUUAUGAAGACUGGGGAGUAGAUGAACUGAUAGUUGAAGACUCAUGGAAGAGGCAAGUGGGAGGCGAUUGAUCAACGGCUGUUGCAGAUUGUAAUUUUGUCAUUGCUAAAUGGCCUCUAAAACCAUUGUAUGAUAACUCUCAACUUGUCCCUUAAAACAGUAUGACUUCUGACUAUGUAGCAACAUUUCAAACAAAAAAGCUUGCAAUUACUAACUUAACUAA